AUGGCAACGUCGUCAUCCUCAUCCAGUCUAUCAUCACCGAUCUCUUUUGUAACAGCCCAGGAUGUUACUCUUGACAAGUCUACGGCCGCCAGCAGCCCCGUACAUGACAACCCUUGUCCCUAUCGCGAUGCGCGACACCUGCCCCGCGACUUGAAGUCGCAUUGCCAGAUCCUCCUGGAAGAACAACUUUUUAUCCCCGCCAUUAAUCUCCUCACCAGCCUUGCUGCAUCAGGCACAUCUAAACGCAACCCUAAAAAGAAGCCGGUUCCUGUUCCUCCACCAACCCAUCUCGCCCUCUUAAACACGCUUAUGAUUCACCCUCUCCUCACUACUCGCGCCGAAAAGAAGGAGCAGCUCGAUGUUCCCUCCCACGCCUUAGAUUAUCUGCGCAACAUUCUUUGCUUGGCUGGCCCUGUCAACGCCGACUUCCGAACAGCUUUCCAAUUUAUUUCCGAAUCGCGAUGGGCUCGCCGGUCGGAUCAAAAUGCACAUGAAAACGAUAGCGACAUGUCUGAUGCAGAUUCGAACGGUGAUGACGAACGAUUGAAGGGUAAGCUUUCAAACGAUGGCAGUAUCUGGAGUCGUGGGCAGGAUUUUUGGUCCACUAUUGGUUGGGCUUUCAACUGCAGCACAUUAUAUCCAGCAAGAUGGAGUUACUGGAGAGCUUGGCUGGAUUUCAUGUUUGAAGUUCUAGAAGCCGACUGGGAGGAACGCGAGCGACGCGAUAAGGAAGCACAGCAGGCGAACGGCCCGGACAGCGAGAUGCCUCGUACUUCACGCAACGAAUCCAUCAUUGUCAUGUAUAUGAAUCAACAGAAUGGUCGGCAAAAUGGAGCCAGGGGAUAUAUCAAAGCCUUGUUUGCAGAUGGGAGCGAAAUAUCGUCAUUAGCCUAUCGGGAAGUAUUCGACAAAGAGCCCAGAGGCCCGCGCAAGCAGUCUAAGAAACGAAAGCGGGAGCAAAUACUGGACCUGGAGAACGAUAAAUUUGGGGACUACUUCGAUGAUGAGUCCAUGUCUUCGGGCAUUUCUGAACCACCCACCCCUCAAAAGCCCAAAGAUUCGCGCAAGCAGGGAACCGCUGGAGCUCAUUCAUCAGGAUUCGUCGAGUCGGUCAACCUACGCCUUCGACUUUUCAGCUUACUCUCGGCAGUAACGUGGUCAUUACAAAAGCCAGGCGAUCUCAAUCGCCUGUACGAAGAGUAUUGUGCGUCGGUAAAACUUCUACCACUUCCCAUGUUCUCUCUUUUUACCUGUCAACGGCCAAACGUCCUCGUCUCUGAAGCACGCAUUACCAUUACCAAGGAAAUGUUCGACCUUUUAUUACCAUCAUCCUAUAAACUCCCUUCCAAAGUUGACAAGGAGGGUGAAGCCAGGGGAGCGUUGACAUUGCCUAUGUUGGAGCAAUGCUAUGUCAUUCAUCCAGCCAAUACUGUGGCAUUGGAAGAGAACGCAAAGUUGUCUCUGGUUGUCGAAGACGCUAUACAGCUGUUAUGGGCCUGCGACUUAAUGGAAUAUUCGGAAGAUUUUGAAGCAGCUGUCGAGAAGGGCAUCGCGGCCAGGGAAACAAAAGCAAAGAAGCGGCGUACCGGGAAAAUGAAGAGCGACGAAACUGAUGUGAUUGCCCAAGAGAUUCUUGCCAAUUCUGGGGAAAGAAUUCGAUUUUUACUUGAAGCAUUGAAACUUAAGCAGGAAGAGGAGUCAUAA